AUGUCCAAGUCUCACUUGAACAACCUAACAGAAACUAAUGAAGAAAAAGAGUUGAAUAAACAACAGUCAGACGAGAAUUUAGAGGCGAAAAGCCUCAAAAUUCAGGAUGAAGGAGCGAGCGGCGCGAAGGACAUUGUUUUGGAUACAACUAACGAAAUAGUUGAAGCUUUAGAACAAGAGUUGAGUGAAAGAAAGAAGCAGAUAGUUACUUCAUUUCAGCUGCAGGAAUUAAACCAUUCAUCCAGAGCACGAAGGAGAUCUAGUGUGAACUCAAAUUUUGUUAUAUGGAGCCGAGCGGAACAACAGUAAGUGCUUUAUUUAUAAGCUUCAUUAUGAAUAUGAUGAAUCAUUUCUCUGCUGAAAUAACAGUACUAUGUUUCCUUAAAAACUAAAUGUAUUUAUAUAUACUUUAUGAUAAUCAUUUCUCUGCUGAAAUAACACUGUGUUUCCUGAAACUGUACUAAUUUUUGUUUUUAUAUACAGGACAAUUUUAUCUGUUUUGAACUCUUAUUUCCAUAGGGGUAUUAAAGGGCCAUCCCUAAAUGCUUCAAAUAUAUACCAUGGUACCAGAAAAAACCUGGCGCUUUCUCAAACCCAACCCUAAUGUAUUAGUUUAUUGGGUGUGCAUAUAUUGAGAAAGUGGCCAAAAACCGCUACUAGUAUAUAUUUUUGCACUUGAGGAAAUAUCCAUGUUUUCUGUAAUAAUUAUUUUCAUUUUCUUUAGCUUUGCUACUGGUAGUGAUGAAAAGGAUAGUAUAAAAUGUAUAUCGUCACUGACCAAGGCAAUCUCCCUCAAACCGACAGAAUGCAAAUACUACAUCGAAAGAGGCGAAAGAUUUCUACAGCUUUGUGACUUCCAGUCAGCAAUUCUGAACUACAAGAAAGCGUGUAUUCUGGAUCCUGAUGAGGAUCAGUAUUAUUCGAGAUUAGCGUCAAUAUAUUAUAUUAAAGGACAGUGUUUGUUUGACUGUAAAAAUUAUGCAGACGCAUUGGAAUGUUUUUCUCGAGCAGCCGAGAUGAAGCCAGAUGUGAUUGGUUACCACACUCGCAGGUAUGUUGGAAAUGAACAUCAAAAUAAUGAGUGACUCGACGGCAUGGAGAACAAUGCAGUUUUAAAAUAAUAAUAAGACAAUUGAAUAUUCCUUACUGGAUUGUGAAUUGAUGAUACAAUUCAUGAUACCCUUGGAGUCAGGGGUGCCCCCCAUUGAAAUUUUGUGCCUUCACCCCAAAAAGUCACCCACCUAAAAAUUAUACCACAUUUAAAUAUAUACUCCAUCCUCACCACCAAAAUAUAUACCCACUUACCAUCACCCACCCCCCUCAAUGAUUUUUCGCCUCUCUCCAUAAAUUAGCACCCCUGCCCCCCAAAACAUAUUAUCACAUCACCCCAUCUAUUAGAUUAAUUAUGUACGUCUGAGUGGUCAACCGUAAACACAACUUACAUACUAUACUAAACAACUUCUCCUUCAACAGCGUGGCUUGUCUGGCCGCCUUACAAAGACAUGGAGAAUGUUUGGCUUUGCUCAACAAAAGGUUAAAUGUUGAGAAUGAUAAUGCUGAUUUAUUGAUUAUGAGAGCAAGGCUUCAUCAACUGUUUAGAAAUGUAAGGACUGCUAAUCUUUAUCUUGUUUAGAGGGCCCCCUAUACUUUUUGCGUGAAGGGCUUAUUUUACUUAGCUGUGAAACGUGAUCGGGCCCCCUAUACUUUUUGCGUGAAGCGUGAAGGGCUUAUUUUACUUGGCCGUGAAACGUGAUCGAUGAUUUUCUUAAUCUGUGACUCGUGAAAAGGCAAAAUAUUUUUACGUAAAGCAUAUUGUGAAGAGGUAUAGGGGGCCCUCUGCUUAGUCUGUCAGUUCUACCUAGAGGUUCAGUUUUUCCUAGAGGAUCAGCAGACUGGAUCUCUGGAGUGUUACCACAAGUGGAAACCAAGGUUUUAUGUGAUCAUUAAAUUGUGUAGUUCACAUGGUUAUAAUUUUGAUGAUUUUUCAGGAUAGUUUGAGUUUUUAUGACAUUAUGGAUGCACUCAAGUUAGAUCCAGAACAUUCAGAAGCCAAAACAAUGUUGACGGCAUUGAUUGAAAAAGCUGAAAAUUUCAAAGAGAAGGUAAUUACCUAGUAAUUAACACCUAGAUAUCUCAUGUUAAUCAAGCAAUGUUUAUAAAUUGACUCUAAUAUGCCAGGCAAUUUUACUUAUCAACAGGAGAGUGCUACGUAACCACUCAAUGGGUUAAUGAUGUAUGAUUGGCCAUGCAAUGCCAUAUUUAUACAUGAUUGAUCAUUCACUAUGAUGACCAACCUUGGAUAACCAUGCCACCUUAUUGCCAGUGUCCCACCCCUGCCCCCUUGCUGUUUGGGGGGCAUGGCAGAGGUGGGACCCUGUGGUUGAUGGAUGAUGUACAGUGUGUUUGCCACAUUUAUACAUGCAUGGCAAAUGUAAAGGUCAAAACAUCACAAUUGUCUUUGUUUUCAGGGAAUAAAACUACAACUUCUUGGGAAGACACAGGAAGCAUUGUUGAAAUUUUCAAAUGCUAUUGAAUCAAAUCCUGGCUGUGCAGAAUAUCAUAUAUUUCGGUGGGUAAUGUCACUCAGAACUCUAAAAUGCUUGUGAAUAGUGUUUUCAUUUGUUCUAUUAUCACAGAGUGACUGAGUGUCUGUGACUAUAGACCCAUUGCACAUGACGUCACAGCGCCGGUGACGAUGCAUCUGGCGGACAAAUUAGCAAUCUAUGCAUACUAUAACUAUUGUAAACAAAGCAAAUUUUGUAAAAGUUUAUAAUGAUUUUGUAUUAAAAUGGUUAGUUUUUGCGCUGUGUGUGGUUGUUGUACCCGAAUAGAUAUUGUUAGGGAGCAUCUGGAGGACACUCUAAGGAUUUGUGACGUCAGUGGAAUGGGUCUAUACUGCCACGUACAAAACAUUUUUUGUUAUUGAUGAAUUAUGAUAGGCAGUUGAACAGAAUCAACAUCUGACUAAUGAAAACCAGCCUUUAAAUUCCCAUCCCAAAUACAUAAAUAGCCAUCUUCAAUAUAUAAAAUAUCUCCCAUUUCUUCACAUUAUAAUUUUAGCGGAGCAUUACUCCGUCAGUUGUCAGAUUUCAACUCGGCUAUUGAUGAUUAUCUUGUUGCGAUGGACAAAAAAGACCAUGAUUAUUCUCACGAUGUUUAUAAAGAAGCUCAAAGACAAUUGUUACUUUGUUAUAAUGACUUUGCUGUCGAGUGCUUCAGGUAAGCUUCUGAGUCCAUCAUGUAUUUUAUGUCGAUUCCUGUGCCACGUUGAUCAUCUUUAAGACACGUUUACGGAAAGUACAUGACCAUGGCUAUUGAAAGAGCUUCGUUUUCGCGAUUGAGACGUUAAACUUUAGCUAAUGUCCACAGUAAAUGAAAAUGCAGCUCUACAGCCAAAGUGACAUAUUUGGCUAUAGGGUGUAUUUCACGUUGAUCGCGUCUUUAGUAAGACUUGGCGGAAAAUAAAAAGAGACGCAAGUUUAGAUUUUUGUUCUCUUACUGUAUAGAAUGAACAUUUGACUAUCAUUUGCUGCCCCAUAUAGCGCAUAAUGAAAUUUGUUAACUGGAUGUGUAAUUGAGUUUGAUUAACGUUGAGUUGAUCAUGCAUGUUUAACCAGAGUGCUUUAGACUUAACUACGACUACAUAAGCAAACCAUUCACGCCUAUCACAUCAUAUCUUUCUGCGCUGCUGUCAGCUUGCUGGUGACGAGGGCGGUAGAAUAUGGCGUGCGUGACUGUUGCACAAGUAAAGAAUCCUGUACUCGUAGCAAACAUGCUCAGCUAGUUCUCUAAUUAAUGCCUACAAUCGUUUCUACAGCAAAGGUUUUUACAAUGAGGCUGUAGUUUUGUUGAACAAGGCAAUCAAAGAAGAGAAAAAUGAGAAAGGACUGUAUAUCAAUAGAGGAGGUUAGUUUACGUCGAUUUAUAAAUAAUUUACUUACCAAUCAACGUAUUAAUUAACCAACUAAUUAAUCAAUCAACUAAUUGAUUAUCUAAUUAAUGUUCUUUUAUUUAAUUAACAGCUAAUUAAUCGUCUAAUACAACCAAUUUUUCCUUCCAGAUUGUUUCUUCAGAAUGUUUGAGUUUGACUUCGCGCUCAGUGACUACAACCAAGCGUUAGAAAUAGAUCCUAAAGAUUGCUCAGUCAAAGUUCGUUUAUCUGUAGUCUAUAAUGAACUUGGCUUGCUUAGCUAUGCUGACAAACGAUAUGUCCAAGCUUUCGAGUAUUUUGACCUGGCCAUACAGUGUAAUCCAAAAGUUGCUGUCUACUACACGUCAAGAGCUCGGGCUAGAUAUAUGUUAGAGGUAUGUGGUACAGGCCAAUAGAAUAUAUAUUUCUCCAAAAUCCCAAAAUAAAAAUUCCCUUCCUGCAUAUGUAGAUGAACGUCUGAUGCGGCAUAUUGUGAUAAGGCGUAAAAAAAAUACCCGUGGUUCCGGUUUCAUAUCGUGAAAAAAUUAGGGUCGGUAGGUCGGAAAUAAAUUUUUUUUUUAAAUAUUUUUUUCAUGGUUUUGGCGGGUUUUUGCUGGGCGAUUUGCAGUAGAGUCCCGACAUCAAUAUUACUAGAGAUGCGUAUUUCCUAUGGACGAAUUUAGGCAAUUUGGUUCAAUAUUAGUAUGACAACAGACGCCAUUUUGGCACGCUGUAUCCGCAACCACCUGGAGAAAAUAGGGUCGCACGGUCAAUCACGUUGAAAAAAUAAUAGGGUCGGCAGAAAAAAAUAGGGUCGGUCGGGAACCGGAACCACAGGUAUUUUUUUACGCCUAAUCUUCAAUCACGGCACAAGACAAUCUCGACUUGUAAAACACUUUUGGAAUUUUUAAUCAAUAAGUAAAUUAUUUGGCAUUCCAGUAUAUAAGCUGAAAACAAUUUCUUGCAAGGUCUGAGAAAAUUUCUUGCGAAGAUAUUUUGUUAAAAAUUUUCAUCGAUGUGGUUAAAUGUGGUAUAUUUGUUAGAAGUGUGUUUUGGUUAUUUCUGACACUCUUGACCAAGCAACGCAUUUGACUAUCGUAAACCUCCGACUAUAUACUUUUGUAAGCGAUUUUUGAUGGGCUUAUACAGGGGGGCUUAUAUAUGAGGGGGGCUUAUACAUGGACGAUCUUUUGUGUUAGUAAUAAACACUGUGGUAAUAAACAAGUCGGACAUAAACAAGUCAGUCAUAAACAGGGAAAUAAACGUGUAUUAACCAGCGAUUACUGGGCUUAUAUUAAUUGGGCGACUUAUAUUCGGGGGGCUUAUAUUCGGGUGGGCUUAUAUUCGGGGGGCUUAUAUUUGGAAUGAGGUGAGCGUUAGUACAUGUGGUGGGCGCUUAUACAGGGGGGCUUAUAUUCGGGGGGGGGGGGCUUAUAGUCGGAGUUUUACGGUAUAACAAUUGCUGGUGACUCCGUGAGUUAUGCAAAUUUCCUUUCCAUGAAUCUUGUAGGAUUACGAAGGAGCAAAGUACGAUGUGACAUGUUGUCUGUUCCUGGAACCCAGCAAUCGCAGUAUCAUGUCUUUAUUCUCAAGAUUAUACCCCGAUAAAUGUGUCGAGAAUGUUUUACAGUCUUCAACAGGGCUGCUGGUAGCGCAGUCUGUACAACAAGCUAUCAGUGAAAUCUUUCCUGUCCUUUGGAGUAAUUAUUCCAUGGAUUUGAAAGGUAAAUCCAUGACUUUCAUCCAACCUCAUCAGAGUAAAGUUGGUUUAAAGUAUUGGUAUCUGAGAUUAUGUUCUUGUUUUGUUAUUUUCAGGCAGUAAAGACCUCGCUGUGAGGUCGGUUUUACCACCCAUCAAUGAACGGAAACUAACAUUGUGUUUGCAUGAGAAAGAUUUUCAUGUUAAUCAUAUUGAUAGGAAAUUACAGGUAGGGAUAUUUAUCGUUCACCUAUAUCCAUGCUUGGAUUAUAUAUAUAUAUAUAUAUAUAGUUUGGUGUGAUAUGGUAAUCAUCAUGAUAUAUUGAUAUGGUGUAUGGUAUGGUAUGGUAUGGUAUGGUAUGGUAUGGUAUGACUUUGAUAUGAUGCGAUAUGGUAUCAUAUUGGUAUGGUAUUAUUUUGUAUAUGGUAUGGUAUUAUUUUGUAUUGUAUGAUAUGACAUGGUAUUAUAUGACAUAGUAUGGUAUAUGAUGUUGAGUAUAAUAUGUUAUCAACUUUUAUACGGCUAUAAAUUGUUUUAUUUUAUAUUUUAGUCUUCGAAAAAGGUGAAAAAAGCUUUCAAUGAACGUAAAAGUUUGGAAUACAAAGGACCUAGAAUUUCAACAGAGACAAUCGACAAACAAGCCAGCCCUUCAACAGAACGUUACAAAUUUGGAAAAGGUGGUAGUAAAGCCGUACUCAAUCAAGGUGGUAGCAAAUCCAUACUCAAUCAAAGGACGAGAAUUAAAGUUGGUACAAAGCGGAUUGCAUUUAUGCAAGCGUAA